AUGGGAUCAGGGUUUGCGCCGUCAAGCAAAGCUCUCGGUGCGCUGUCAUUCAAACUUCACAAAGACCUCGCCGAUGCACACGAUGGUCGGACGACGUGGGGAUAUGCGCUCAGUACGGGCAUCUCGUUGAGUCAAGAUCAGGACGAGGAGUCUGCUGUGGGUGGGAGCGGAGAGGACUGGCUGGCUGAUGGGACGAGUCGGGCUCAGGCGACCAGGUCGGAGAAGAGUCUGAGUGGAAAGGGCCCCGUGUGGUUGAAGAUGAAGGAGGGGUUGGAGGUUAUCAGUCAGGAGGGGACGGUGGCGCAAAUAGAUCCGUUGAGGUUCUGCCAAUGGCUGCUGGAGAGGUGUUCAGAGAGGGGCGUGCGGUUGCACCAUCCCGCGAGGGCCAUAUCUGUCUCAAGGGAUGCAGACAGUCAAUUGAACGGCGUCCGGAUAAGCAAAGGUGGAACGGAGUCAGAGUUACCAUGCGCACGUCUCGUCAUCACCUCGGGAGCCUGGUCGCCUCGCGUCUUCUCGACCCUCUUCCCCAAAUCUUCAAUCCGGAUACCUAUAUCGUCUCUCGCCGGCCAUUCUCUUCUCGUACGCAAUCAACACCAUACUCCAGAACAAGUAGACGCCGAAGCCUGCCAUGCCCUAUUCGCAACUGACGACAUUGGCUUCUCACCAGAGCUGUUUUCGCGGAUAGGCGGCGAGCUGUAUCUCGCGGGCCUUAACAGCACCACGAUCCCUCUACCUGAGCAACCUUCGGAUGUCAAAGUCAACCCAGAAGCAAUCGAGCAAAUGAAGAAGUGUGCUGCUCGUAUGAUAGGUGCUGUGGAUGGGAAGGGGAUGGAGGUUUUGAGGGAAGCUUUGGGCGGCGACGGAGGUGUGUUCCUCGCAGCUGGCCAUGGUGCUUGGGGUAUCUGCCAGGCACCUGGAACAGGACUCGUGAUGGCGGAGCUGAUCGAAGGGCGUUCUACGUCGGCAAAUAUUUCUGCUCUGGUCUUGCCAUCUUGA